GAGGAACAGGGAAAUCUAAAGACUCCAGAUGACAUCAGCGCUACUUUUCAACAGCCUUCUCCAUUUCCUUGCUCAGAAAGUAGAAACAGACCUCAGAGACAGAUGAAACUUCUUGGGAUGAAGUUUAGGAUUUGGAAAUGAGAAGAUUAUCGCAGAUGAUCCAGGCAGGAGAGACAAACUGCAGUCACCACUGGGUUCCCUGAUACAGUGCAGAAGGAAAGCAUCUAAUUCCAAUUUGACUGGUCAUAAGGCUUUGCAGAGGAAAUAAUAUUUUCCUUGGAACUUCAAGGAUGGAAACAUCAUGAGCAGUGGCUUGGAGAUUUAUACUGGGAAGGAACCAGACUUGGGUGAUGAAAAAGACACCCUGGAUAGAAUAAUUUAUACAUAAGAUGCAAAAUGUAGAACGCUUCUUUUUCAGCAGAAAGAAUUGAGAACUCUCUUUACCUAGAAAUGACAGGUAUUCGGAAGAAAUAAGUAAAGCCUGAAGUGUCAUCGCAUCUUGGAGUGAGAAGCAACCCUCAACGAUCUUUCUAGCCUGCUCAGUUGUGAAGGAGAAUAGUGAGAACCAGGGAGGCGAUGGGAGAAGAACAGAGGGUUAAGCACAACCCAGAGAGUCCGUGAUAAAUAAUUCAGUAUGUGAGUUGUCUGCAGUGAAGACUCUCCUCAACCAGGCCCACUAACCCCCCCUGCAGGUGGGAGAGUCUGAGCGCUCCCAAGGGCCGCCAAGCCUCUCCCCCGCCCGGCUCCGCCCCAUUUCCCAGCUGCUCCGGCCCCUCCGUAGGUUAACCGAGAGCGGUGUGCGGUAAGUGGCCUUUGCCGAUGCUAACUACACCCCCACAGUCCCAACUCAGCUGAAAAGCUAAGACCUUGCCUCCAGAGGCAGCCAAAGGCUGAUGCAUUCUCUGCAGUCGUCUGUCGUCCCUGGCAAUAUUGCCUCUUUCGGCACGAACAUUUGAAUUGGCACCGACACUGAGGAAGAGACUGGAAAACCACACCAGCGAAAAAGCCCUCUUCUUUGUUUCCUUCCUCCAUGCAGUUAGGAUAUCAUAAAAACAAGAGGAGCUAAGAAGCCUCAUUGCAGCCCUCGCAGGGAACAUUAGCCUAAGGAACAUGGAUGAAAGAAUGGAUAACUCUGAAAGGAGAGAGACAGCGAGAGAGGGAACACAAGCAGGGGGAGUGGGAGAGCGAGAAGCAGGCUUCCUGCCGAGCAGGGAGCCCGAUGUGGGGCUCGAUCCCAGGACCCUGGGAUCAUGACCUGAGCUGAAGGCAGACGCUUAACGACUGAGCCACCCAGGCGCCCAAGUAAAGCUGUUUUAUUAAAAUCCUAUUUCUGCCCCGAAACUUUCCAGUAUAAUGAAGACCUCUGAGAAGUUUAAGAUUUUCUCUGCCAAAUAUAGUGCCUGUAUUUAAGUAUUUGUGAGUAUAUGCUGUUAUAUACCCUCUAAAACACUCAUAGAAUGUGUUUUAUUUUUUAUUAAUGAAUAUUUUGAUUAAUUAAACAUCUUCAAAUUGUGCUUCACUUUAAGGUUGUUUGAUUUAGAGUAGUAUUUCAUUUCAGUGAUAACAUGCAUCAUGAAAACACUUAAAAAUGUGAUCUUAUUUCCUUCUCGUAAUCUCUCCUCAGGAAAGUAAACAGGAACUGCCAAAGACAUACCCAGGGUGUCUCAGGGGCUACUUUACUGGCUCAGUCCAACUCUCAAGUGUGCUGGCAUUUUUCCUGGUAAGGACAGUGAAGUCAUCUCUCUGAAGGCCACGGUGUGGGGCACAGGGAAGCCACCGCCAGGAGGAAAGCCCUUCCCUGACCAGGUUCAAUAUUGCCCCCAACAGGAGCAUCUCUGCAAUGGAAGGUUUCACUUAACCAUCCAGCCGUUUAAAGAGCAGGGAUGAAGUCAGCCCAGAGACAGAACUGCUGUUUUCACAAACAAAUGAACAAAACAACAAAAGCAUAGAGAAAUCAUUAUUCUCUAUCUAUCCUCUCGGCUUUGACUUGCAGAUUCUAGCUUGACUCUCACAUUCUUUCCUGACGUCCUUUUCACACGGCCAUGAGACCCUUUCUGUUACAGUGCCAGCCAGCUGCAGGGACUUUUCCACCUGUCUCAUGACUCUUAGAGAACCUUGCCUUUUCACUGGGCUUUGAGCUGGGCAGGCUAUGGUUUCUUAGGGUUAGCUUUGGAAAGGUGCCCCCUACUGGGCUUUGGUUGGUGGAAGAACUUGAGGACCCAGGAAGGGGAGCUGUAGUAGUUGCCCGUGAAUGUAACCUGGACUUUUGAACCUCCCGGAUGACACAGCUGCUCACCCGUCUUGUUAUCAAUCUGGGAAUCUAGUCAAGCGAUACAUUCCCAGUCCCCUGACUGUCUCAUGACCAGCUAGCUUGUUGGCGUUAGGCAAAGUUUAGUCCAGAAGGCCUGCCAUAAAGUUGUUGACUGGACCCUGUCUCAGGAAGAGUUUAGUGUGUCCUGGCAACCUUUAUCACACAUCACCAACUCUGAGAGGUCAAGGGUAUUAUGGAGAAUAGUAACGUUCUUAAAAUUGACUCAUGAGCCGGCCUGCGAGUACCCGACUCAUCCCUGGUCUAACAGAGAGGAUGUCAAAUGGCCCUGUAGGCACUUCCUGAGACUCAGUGACGGGAGGGAUGAGGAAGGGGUCAGUCAUGUAACAGAAAGUCUGCACAAAGGCCAAGUCAGUACCAAAGAAACUGUCUUUUCCUACUUGCCCAAAUGUUUCACUCAGCAGAGACUGGAGCAAAACGCAGUUAAAUGUUAGAGGUAGUUUGUUCUGAAAUCACUUUCUUUCACUGUCACAGGGCCCAAGCUCUCUAUGAGAAUCCUUCUGUUCCAUUCAUCAUGCUUUCUUUUGAAAAUGUAACUAAAUGUAAGUGAUGUCAUUUCUACUGCUGCACUUACAAACGGGCUUUGAGUAUUUAAUUGUAUAUGAUAGAUGUUAAUAUUUCUGUGUUGGUUGUAAGAGAGGUCAUUAUAGUAUGCAAUGUAGUAAAAUAUUUGUUUUAUGUUAAGAGAGAAAUAGUCAAUCAUUUUUAUUUACAUUCUUGUGCCACUUGGGUCAGGCUGCCCUAAGAAGUUCUAUUUUCUAAAGAAUAAGACUAUGGAAUGACUUCAUCAGAGAUUCCAGUUACAGAGUGAAACAGAUAUAGCCUUAGGACUUCUGCUAUGCAUACCACCCUUAAUUUUCUAGAACAAGACCAAAAAAAAAGUUAUUAUAAAUAAUUUUGAAUAAAACCCUGAUUUUUUUUUUUUUAAGAUUUAUUUAUUUGACAGAGUGAGACACAGCGAGAGAGGGAACACAAGCAGGGGGAGUGGGAGAGGGAGAAGCAGGCUUCCCGCGGAGCAGGGAGCCCGAGGUGGGGCUCAAUCUCAGGACCCUGGGAUCAUGACCUGAGCCGAAGGCGGACGCUUAACGACUGAGCCACCCAGGCGCCCCCAAACCCUGAUUUUUUAUUUUUAAAGACCUCCAUGAAUUUGAAAUAACCAACAAAAGCCUUUUGCUCUGAUAAGAUACAAAUAACAAAAACAAAUCUACUCGUGAUAUAAUUUUAUUUUUUUUUUUAAGAUUUUAUUUAUUUAUUUAUUUGACAGACAGAGACACAGUGAGAGAGGGAACACAAGCAGGGGGAGUGGGAGAGGAAGAAGCAGGCUUCCCGCUGAGCAGGGAGCCUGAUGCGGGGCUCGAUCCCAUGACCCUGGGAUCAUGACCUGAGCCGAAGGCAGACGCUUAACAACUGAACCACCCAGUCACCCUACUCGUGAUAUAAUUUUAAAUGCAACUUUAAAACAAGAUAUAUAUUUUUAAAAGACUAUUUUUUUUCUUAUGAACAAAGAACAAUGUUAACAAAUUGCCUUUAGGAAUUUAUGUUGGUAUGUGUGCAUUUAUUCCAAUUAAAGGGAGAUACAAUACAUCAAAAAUAAUGAUAGAGAGCUAACUUAAGCCUUAAAUAUAGGUAAGGAAAGAGAUUUUUAUUUUUUUUAAAAAAAGAUUUUAUUUAUUUAUUUGAGAGAGAGUGAGGGAGAGAGAGCACAAGCAGGGGGAGCAGCAGAGGGAGAAGAAGAAGCAGGCUCCGUGCUGAGCUGGGAGCCCAAUGCGAGCUCGAUCCCAGGACACUGAGAUCAUGACCUGAGCAGGAGGCAGAUACUUAACGGACUAAGCCACCCAGGCGCCCCAGGAAGAGAUUUUUCUUCCUUCUUCUUUUUUUUUUUUUUUAAGAAGCAAAAAGGGUAGAAAGCAAAGAGGCUUUCAGUUAUGAAAUAAAUAGGUCACAUGAAUAAAAGGCAGAGCAUAAGUCAGUGGUAUUGUAAUAGUGUUGUAUGGUGACAGAUGGUAGCCACACGUGUGAUGGGCAGAGCAUCAUGUAUAGAGUUGUCAAAUCACUGUAUUGUACACCUGAAACGAAUGUCACAUUGUAUGUCAACUAUACUUCCAUAAAUUAAAACAAAAACAAACCCAAAUUGGGUAGAAAUUAGAGUGACCAGCAGGGGGCUACUUUUAGGUUUCUUUUUUUCCUUUAAAUUAAGAGCUAAGCCAAAAAUACAUUUUACUCCUUAGUUUUAUAUAUAAGAUAUAAAGUCUAAACAAAAUAACUUUUUCUUCUCUUUAGUUUACUCCUCUCUUCUCCUUCCUUCCCCACCACCAAGACCUGUAACAUGUGAUCCCAGAUUCCUGGCCACUGAUGCCUCUGACCCCACCAAUUAAAAUUCUAUCUUUCAAAACUGCUCAAGGGAGGAUUUGGAUGAUGGGUUUCCCACCAGACAUAAAUUAAAAUUAAAUUAAGAGCAAAGGAUCAUAUUCUGGUCUGAUGAUUUAAAUGGUAGUGACAGAAACCUGGUAUCACCCUGAACCAUUUGGGAAGGACUUUCUGAAAUGAUGGGCUUCAAUAAUAGUAUAAAAGGUAAUGAAUGGCCAUGUAAUAUGAGAUUUUAAUAGUGUUGUGUUUUCCCAGGAAUUUGAGAGUGUGUGAAAGGCCUCCAGAACUAAUAGGCAAAUUCUGAUCUGUUUUGGAAUAUAGCUUCAAAUCAUCUUCCCCAUUUUUGAUUUGUGUGAAGCCUUACCUCCUUUUUACCUCUUUCUUUGGGCCCAUUUCCUAAAUGUAGGCUCAGUGAAUUUAACAGUAGUACAGAACAAUUCACCAGGUAGUGAAUUGGAAGGUAAAAUUAUGUCGUAUGUGUUACCCAAGUGAAAUCUCAAGAGAAAUUGAAACUGACCCCAUGUAAUGUUUCAAAUAAGAAUUGGGUUCUAACAGAGGAGGUAAGCAAGAGAGUUAUAGUAACUUUGAAGUCAGUAAUUCCUGGUUCAACACCCAAUACAUGAAAUUAUGUUAGGGUUUUGUUUUAAGUCAAAGAAAAUGAAACUUUGACUGUAAGGAUAACACACAACAGACUGAUUUAGAGUCAUGUUUCCCAAAAGGAUACAUAGCAGUGGGACAGGGGUUACUGAAACCAGAGGAAGAGCCUGCAGCUUCCCAUUGUGCCAAUUUACAUGGGGAUUUGGAAUAAAAGAAGAUGAGUGAUUUAGCUGGCAAAAAGUUUUCAAAUACUUUUAUGCUACCUUAAUAGGGCUAUGUUAUGAAAGAGAGUAUAAAAUGCAAAUGAUUUAUCUAAGAUAAAAUAAUUCAAGAAAUUUUGAACAUGCAAAGGCCUGCUAUAGAUUGAACCCCCACUCCCAACCCCUUCCCUAGAUAUAUGAAUUAGAUAAAUGCUUUGGAAGCCAAACUACCAGAUUUCUCAUCUUGGCAUAGUGGUUGAUUGAUGUCAGUUAUCUUUUCAUGCAUCAGUACAAUUGGUCCCAGCUUUUAACACAAUCGAGGAAUUCUUAUAAAAUUAGGAUUAUAGAGUUGAAUAUUGCUUUAAACUGUUUGUGUAGAUAAACUUAAGAAAAGUGUGUUUGUUCCAGUCUUGGGAUCUACCUGAGAGGAAAAGAGGGAGGGGUUGGAAGCAGAGAUAUCACAACUACAAUGAGAAUAUAACUGUGAUUUAUAUGUGCUUGCAUAGCUUUGUCUUCCACCAGACCUUACUUCUCAGGGUUAUCCUUCAAAACAGGGAAAGGAUGUAUUUUUAUUACUGGAUGAUUUAACUAGUGUCCAAGAUUAUGACUUAUAACCUUGAAUUUUAAGACUAUCUAUGGGCAUAAUUGAGCCUAAAAUGUAAUAGUUUCCUUCUCUGGUCCUAAAAUAAGAAAAGAAUUCUGUUAUCUAGUUAUGGUUUAUAAAAUAAUUCCUGGGAAUGAUAUCACUAUACAACUUAUUUGAUCCAAAUUACACCUCAGUAUCCAUCAGUACCACUAUCCUAAGGAAAAGAUGCCCUUUGAUAUUAUAAGGAGCAUCUGAUGAGCAUUGAAGGAAAUAUGCAAAAAUAAAUCCCCUUUCUUUUAAAAAAUGCUGUAUCACUCUCCCCUUCUUUUAAUUUUUUUUCUUUGCUCUUUUUAUUUCUUUUUCUUCUGUGAAUGGGAAUAAAGAGUGUAAGUUAAUGGAUGUAAUCAUGCAUUCAUUGAACAUGGCUAUCUCUCAAAUUUUUCUCGCCUUGUUACUAUAUUGUUUUGGAAAACUUUGACAGAAAAUAAUAAGAGGAAAAUGAAUGAAAGAUCAGUUAGUUGCAUGGCACUAACUUUUAAUUAAAAUACGGCUAAUUUUUUUUUCAGGUGUAGGCUAUUCAUAUCCAGUUACACAAAGCCUUAUUGUCAACGAAGAGGUAGCUGGUUUUCUUCCUUCCAUAUUCCCUCUUCAUCCUUGGUAUAUUUGCUAGUAGUUUGUCCUGGAAGCCUCCUAAAAAACAAACAACUCUAUACUCAAUCAAUUAUAUGCUGAAAAAGAGCCUUAGAGAUUAAUGAUAAAUAGAUUGUAUUAGUGACUCCAAUUUUUUGUGGAAAAUUAUUUCAUGCCUUUUGGAAGCAACCUGCCACUCUGAUCCUAACUUGGCUGGCUGACUUAUUUUGACCAAUGGACUUAUAGCCUACUUGAUGCAAGCAGAGGCCUGAAACACACUUCUGCAUUUCUGCUUCCUUUUGUGGAGCCCUGUCCUUGCCCUGAGACUAUGCCCUGGCUAUCCUGCAGGAGAGAUAUAAGAGGAGUCCAAUGAAGGAGAGCCAAGUUUUCCCAGUGAUGCCAUCAAGAUUGGCUAACCACACUGACUGGUCAGCUGAUAAAGUUGCAUUAGUGGGCCUAGCUGAGAACAGCCAACCCAUUAGUUGAAGGAAGGAAUAAGUGGAUUUUGUCUUCAGCCAUUAAGUUUGGAGCAGUUCAUAUGCAGCAUUGGCUGAUUCAUACAGGAUGUUUUGUUUCAGACUUCCAUUGUAGAGAGAGAGAGGCAGGGAGAGACGGAACACAAGCAAGGGGAGCAGCAGAGGGAGAAGCAGGCCUCCCGCGGAGCAGGGAGCCCGAUGCCGGGCUCGAUCCCAGGACCCUGGGGUCAUGACCUGAGCUGAAGGCAGACGCUUAACGACUGAGCCACCUAGGCGCCACCACUUUUAAUACUGAAAAAUUUUUUAACUUCAGUUUUCAGGAAAUGCACUAAUGACAUGAAUGCUUAUGGGUCGUUGUCAUUGUCAUCACCAUCAGCAGCAGCAGGAGCAUCACAUGUAGUACUUCCUAUGUGCUCAGCACUGUUCUAAGAGCCUACCCAUAUUAACCUAAAAAGAAGCCUUUGAGGACUUUCUCAGUUUCAGCGCUGAAGUCCCAUGUUUCUGGAAUUCCUUUAGUCUUGGGAAGUUGAUGACGAUUGGUCACUGAAGGCUCCAUGGACAGCUUAUGUGAGCCAGUCCCAGAGCAACAAACUAACCGAGAAAGCACCUCUGUCAGGACUGGUUCUCUUAUCUCACCUUUUGCAGAGAGUGGAAAAGCACACGACAGUCUCUUCAUGGAAGUUCCUAAUUUUGAGAAUGCACAACCAAAAAGAAAGUCAAUCCAGAGAUCUAUGUCUGAAAACAAAGGAUUUGAAAGAAAAACAAUGAAUGACACAAUCUGGCCGGAACCCUGCAAGCCUGAGAAUGAUUCCCACAUCAGAAGACUCUGUCAGCUAAAAGAUCUAAAUGAAGAUGAUUUUUUUUUGAGUAAUAACAUACAUACUUUUCAAGGAAAAAAACCACCAGGCAUUUCCUGUCAGGCCAUAAAAUCAAGUGGUGACCCAGUGGAAUCAAUGGGGAUGUUAAAGAGACUACAGCAAAAGGUCCAGACCAAGAAAGCCAGGGUGCCGAGUCUGAAGGAGAUGAGACCUACAUUCAUAAAUCUCCAAGAUGAAGAUGAAACGUUGAUUUCCUGUAUAAAAUUAGCCAAAUCCCAAGAAAAGAAAAUUAGUACUGUUAGCACAAAAGGAAAGGAAGAAAUGACGAUUGGAUUGGAUUCUAUUUCGGCAUCACUGGCUAGAUCCAGCACUGCAACUGGUUGCAACUUGGCCGACAUGUUAUCCCACAAUGAAGGUGAAGUUCAGAUGUGGAACAGCUGGAAGACUUUUCCAGAAAACCCUCUCUGGACAUGUGCUGAUUUCCAAAUUGCCCAAACUGGACCCUGGAACAACUGUUCUCGCUGCACUCACCACCCACCACUUAAGCCUUCUUAUACAGAUUCGGAUCUCCCACACUCUUGGCGCAGCAGUAGUUUUGGGAAUUUUGAUCAUUUUCGGAAUCACUCCAUUUCAAAACCAGAUGAUUCAACCGAGGUAUAUGAAGGGGAACCCAUAAAUGAAAGUGGAGAACAAAAUAAAACUUCAAAUAAUGGAAGAGGUUUAGGGAAAAAAAUGAGAGCUAUUUCCUGGACAAUGAAGAAAAAAGUGGGUAAAAAGUACAUCAAAGCCCUUUCUGAGGAAAAGGAUGAGGAAGUUGGAGAGGGUGCCCUCCCAUAUCGGAACAGUGACCCAAUGAUUGGAUCUCACACAGAGAAGGUCUCCCUCAAAGCCAGUGACUCCAUGGAUAGUCUCUACAGUGGGCGGAGUUCAUCAAGCGGAAUAACAAGCUGUUCAGAUGGUGGUACAAGUAACCGGGAUAGCUUUCGACUUGAUGAUGAUGGCCCCUACUCUGGACCCUUCUGUGGCCGCGCCAGAGUACAUACUGAUUUUACACCAAGCCCCUAUGACACUGACUCCCUCAAAAUCAAGAAAGGAGACAUCAUAGACAUUAUCUGCAAAACGCCAAUGGGGAUGUGGACAGGAAUGUUGAACAAUAAGGUGGGAAACUUCAAAUUUAUUUAUGUGGAUGUCAUCUCCGAAGAGGAAGCAGCCCCCAAGAAAAUAAAGGCACACCGAAAGAGUGGAAUAGAAAAACCCAAGACUCUGCAGGAGUUCUUAGAGAGGAUUCACCUUCAGGAAUAUGCCUCAACACUUUUGCUCAACGGUUAUGAGACCCUAGAAGAUUUAAAGGAUAUAAAAGAGAGUCAUCUCAUUGAAUUAAACAUUAAAAACCCAGAAGACAGGAUGAGAUUACUAUCAGCUGCUGAAAAUCUUCUUGAUGAAGAAACUAUUCAAGAGCAAGAAAAUGAAUCUGUGCCCCCAUCCUUAAGCCCAGACAUCUCCUUAAAUAAGUCACAGUUAGACGACUGCCCAAGGGACUCUGGUUGUUAUAUCUCAUCAGAAAAUUCAGAUAAUGGCAAAGAAGAUCUGGAGUCUGAAAAUCUCUCUGACAUGGUACAGAAGAUUACUAUCACAGAGCCAAGUGACUGAACACACAUUCUCAACUUUAUAUCUACAGAUGCAUUCCAUUUUAACUCUACUUGAGCUAAAAGAUCAAAUAGGAGAGAAAGUAAGCAUUUCCCGAUACAGCCUAAAGUUAAAAUGUUUUAAUCUAAAUGAUUUUACAUAAAAGUUCAUGUCUCUAACAUUCCCAAUUAUUGUAAAUAGUAUGUAUAUUUAUUAUUUUAAAUGCUACCUGUUAAUAUUUCACUUGCCUGUGUUAGGAAAGGUAUAGUGUAAGUCUUUGAUAUGUGUGAGAUAACUUUAUUCAGCUUUAAGUGUGAAAUGAUAAAUUCUGCAGGAAAAAAACUCCUUUUUUCAUACCUGUCCAUUCUGCCUUUGUGUCUGUUAUUCAACAAAUAGUAAUGGAGCAUGUGUUUGUUUAACCAACUGUCCAAGCAGCAUUCACACUCAUUUUUAUACUUAAUGGGAGAGUGUGAGUUAAUACUGGAGACAUUUUAUCCUGAUCCACAGUGGAGUUUUAGUAAUUAUUUUUUGUUAAUUUCUUCACUGUUAUCUGGUAUAAAAGUAUAGAUAACAAGAUAUUGUUGAUUCUCAUUUAGUAAAAUGAAUUUUAAUAAUUGUACAGAUGUUUCAUUUUUAAUUGUAAAUAUUUUUAAUUGUGAAAUACCCUAAUUUUAAUAAUAAAAAGAACUAUGUGCACUUGCUAUUUUCCAGAUUAGUGGUACUUGAAAGUAUUUUUAUAUUAGACC